UCUACUCACUUUCACGAAAUACGAUGUCCAAAACGGCUCCUGGCAUUGUUUUAAGUAAGCUGUCAACACUUCGGAAGCUCGGGGUUUCAGCAGAAUACGCCUCUACGCCGAUGACGAAGACUUUAAAAAAUCUGUGUAGAAAAACGAGGUUAUCCGUACGCGAUUAUUCACGUAUUGUACCAAGUGUGGAUAAGGAGUACUUUGACCUGUUGCCAGUUCAAAAUGAGAGACUAUUAAACUAUGAAACUGGUUCAGAGGAACGUGCCCAAGUUAAACUUGCAUUAGCGGAGAUUCUGAGGCGCAUAGAGUCCGUGCCAAUAGUAAUAGACGGCAAGGAAAUGCACAAUAAUUGUCAUCUUGUGCAGAACUUGCCCUACAAUAGAAAUCAUUACAUUGCACGGUAUAAUCACGCAAGUCGAGCGAUAAUUGAGGAUGCUAUCGAGUUGUCUGUGUACACACAGAAAAAGUGGAAUAAUGUCAAGUUAAGCAGACGCAUGGCCAUUUGGGAAAGAGCAGCAGAUUUGAUUGCCACCAAAUAUCGCUUCAAGAUUAUUGCUGCUAUUAUGCUUGGCCAGGGAAAGACUUUAAAGCAGGCGGAUAUGGAUGUCGCCGAACUAGUCGACUUUAUGCGCAUUAAUCCAAUAUUUCUGCGUGAUCUGGCAAAUUUUGAGCCCGUUAAUGCUGCUCCUAAGUGCUGUAGGAAUCACAUGGUCUUACGGGGACUCACCGGAUUUGUGACAGCAAUAACUCCUUUUAAUUACACCAGCAUAGCUGCUAACUUGGCCUAUACGCCCGCCUUAAUGGGGAAUGUUGUGCUGUGGAAACCCUCAGAUUCUGCCAUGUUGUCCAACUGGUAUGUCUUCCAGGCCAUGCGCGAGGCAGGUGUUCCAGAUGGCGUGGUUAACUUCAUACCCGCUACUCCGACUACAUUUUCCAAGGCUAUCACCCAAAGUUCCAAACUGGCGGGCAUUCAUUUCACGGGCACAGCUCCUGUGCUCAAGGUUCUCUGGAGAAUGGUUGCCGAUCAGAUAAACAUAUAUAAUAAUUAUCCUCGCUUGGUGGGCGAAAGUGGCGGUAAAAACUUUCACUUUGUACAUCCCUCAGCGAAUCCCGAUGUUGCUAUUGCCUGCACCAUAAGAGCCGCCUUUGAGUACGCCGGACAAAAGUGCUCCUCCUGCUCGAUGUUGUACGUGCCCGAGUCCCUGUGGGAGUCAAGGAUUCAGGAGCCUCUUAUAAGUAUUGCCAGUAAACUGUUUGUCAGCGAAGCCACCUAUUGUGAUUGUUUCUUCUCCGCGGUGAUUAAUCAAGCUGCCUUCAAUCGGAUAUUCACGUACCUCAAGUACAUACAUAAUAGUUCCAAUUGUCAACUUCUCCUUGGCGGCACCGGCACAAAGGCCCUAGGAUACUAUAUCGAUCCAACGAUAGUGCUUCUCAAUGAUCUCGAAAAUUUCUUGUGCAAAGAGGAACUCUUAGCACCCAUACUCUGUGUUUACGUUUACAAGGACAACGAGUUGGAGGAGACCAUGGACAAAGUGGCGGAGAUUAAUCGCGGUCUCACCGCCUCCGUAUUUGCCACCGACGAUAAGUUUAUCAGAAAAGCCUGCGAAGUAUUUAAAUUCAAUGUGGGCAACUUAAACAUCAAUGACAAAUGCACGGGUUCCAAGGUGGGUCAGCAACCUUUUGGAGCCGGUGCCAUAUCCGGCACCAAUGAGAAGCUGGGCAGUCCACAGUAUCUGCUGCGUUGGACAUCCCCACAGAUAAUCAAAGAGUGCUUUGUGCCGCAUGUGAAUGUAUAUUAUCCCUACAUGGAGAUCGGUGCAAAUACGUUAGAGGCAGCGACGUUUAAAUCCACAAUAAAACAGUCGGAAGAUCCAUCGGUUGAAAUUGAUUUAUAAAUUCUGACGUUGUAAUUAAAUAAAAAAUAGUUGAAUUUUAAAUAUUGUUAGAUA